CCAAUAUUUCUCAAAAAAAAAAAAAAAAAAAAAAAAAAAAAAAAAAAAAAAAAGAGAUCAAAGUGAAUCAAGUAUGUCAUCAGCAAUUUCUCAACUAUCAUGCUUCUCCUCUAUCAAUCACAGAUUGCUUUUCCACACUCAUCUCCACCCUUGUACUACUCUACCACUCAAGUUUGGGUUUGUGGAGUGAGCGACACUCUAUCUGGAAUGUAUAUUCACCUACACAUCUUCAUUUGUCAUGGAGUUCAGGUAGUGGUUGUGAGAAAUGAUGGUCGUGGUACGGAUUUCUCCAAUUUAGAAAACAAGACUACUUUAGGUUAUACUGGAGAUGCAUCACAAUCACAUAACGGAAGCUUAUCAAAUUCAAAUUUAAAGUCAGAAGAACUUGUUCCAGGAAAAGAAAUGAACGGGUCAGUGCAGGAAAACUCCAUCAGUCAUUCAAAAAAGACAGCCAGAAUUCAUGACUUCUGUUUUGGUAUUCCCUUUGGUGGUCUUGUUUUCACCGGGGGCAUUGUUGGUUUUAUUUUCUCAAGAAAUCCUGCGACUUUAAGUAAUGGUGUUCUUUUUGGAGGUGCUUUACUGGCCUUCAGCGCCAUUAGCUUGAGGGUCUGGAGACAAGGAAAAUCUAGCUUGCCAUUCAUAAUAGGUCAAUCAGUACUUGCUGCAGUCCUUCUAUGGAAAAACAUGCAGGCUUUCUCUCUGACAAGAAAAGUGUUUCCCACUGGCUUUUAUGCUGCCAUCAGUGCUGCAAUGUUUUGCUUCUACUCUUACGUGGUAUUGUUUGGGGGGAAUCCACCACCCAAGAAGCUGAAGGUAUCUGCUGCUGGGGAAUCUUGAUGAGAAUCUAGAAAGGUCAGAUUUAAUUCUUAGAAUUACUCGGAAUUUUCACUCCCUGUGCACAGUUGGUUUGCCAGCGAGAAGACCCAUUAAUUUGCGCAAUUUUACAUUGAAAAUGAUGAGGGAGUUUUAAUUGUACUUCAUCUUGAAUAUGUAUUAUUGAUUUUGGGUUAUACUUAGCACUGUAGGAAAUUGUAAUGUCCAUUAAUUUGCGCAAUUUUACAUUGAAAAUGAUGAGGGAGUUUUAAUUGUACUUCAUCUUGAAUAUGUAUUAUUGAUUUUGGGUUAUACUUAGCACUGUAGGAAAUUGUAAUGUAGAGCCUUGCUGGUGGAAUUGAGUGUUCAUUUUUCAUGUAAAUUAUGUAUGGAUCAGUGUAAGUUCUAAAGUAUGCUGGUGUUUUAGCUGUUGUUC